UUAUAUUUCUAGCUUGCGAGGGUGUGCACCAAUGGCUUGCAACAAGGUUGAAGUGAAUGGAAAGGUGGGAAAAGGGCAAGAGGUUUGUACACUUGAUGGAACUGUUGAUUAUCAUGGCCGCCCUGCAAUCCGAGAGAGAAGUGGUACUUGGUUUGCUGGAAUUUUGCUCCUAGUGAAUCAAGGGCUGGCUACAUUGGCAUUCUUUGGAGUUGGAGUGAACUUGGUUUUAUUUUUGACAAGGGUGAUGGGUCAAGACAAUGCUGAUGCAGCUAACGAUGUCAGCAAAUGGACAGGAACGGUCUAUCUUUUCUCUCUCGUUGGUGCCUUCCUUAGUGAUUCUUACUGGGGAAGGUACAAGACUUGUGCCAUCUUCCAAGCCAUCUUUGUCAUUGGUCUGGUAUCACUAUCUUUAUCAACAUACAUUUUCUUACUCAAGCCUAAAGGCUGUGGUGACGAAAAAACUCUUUGUGGAUCCCAUUCGUCCUUCCAGUCAACAUUUUUCUACCUCUCCAUAUACCUAGUUGCCCUAGGAAAUGGAGGAUACCAACCUAAUAUAACUACAUUUGGGGCAGAUCAGUUUGAUGAAGAGGAUCCUAAAGAAGGGCGCUCAAAGAUAUCCUUCUUUAGCUACUUUUACCUGGCUUUGAACCUUGGAUCUCUCUUUUCGAAUUCUUUUUUGAGUUAUUUUGAGAAUGAAGGAAUGUGGGCUCUUGGAUUUUGGGCCUCAGCUGGCUCUGCUGCUCUAGCAUUGGUCUUGUUUCUUUGUGGAACUCCAAGGUACAGGUAUUUUGAACCUAAAGGCAACCCUAUCUCUCGGUUUUCCCAAGUACUGGUGGCUGCAGCAAGAAAAUUGAAGGUUGAGAUGAUGCCAAGUGGAGAAGAUUUGUUUGAGUUAGAAGCAAAGAAUUAUGCAAAGAAUGGGGAUAGAAAGCUACUCCACACUCAAGGAUUGAAAUUCUUGGAUAGAGCAGCCGUAAUCACAUCAGAGGAAUUCAACCAGAUUGGCGAGGAUACUAAUGAUCCAUGGCACCUUUGCACCGUCACACAAGUCGAAGAAGUGAAAUGCAUUCUAAGACUUAUUCCAAUUUGGCUAUGCACAAUAUUGUAUUCAGUAGUAUUCACUCAAAUGGCAUCUCUCUUUGUGGAGCAAGGUGCAGCUAUGAAAACCACUGUUUCGAGUUUCAACCUUCCUCCUGCAAGCAUGUCUUGUUUUGACAUUCUCAGUGUAGUAGCAUUCAUUUUCAUUUACAGGCGGAUUAUUGACCCUUUUGUUGCCUUGAGAAAGAAAAAUGCUAAAGGAAUCACCGAACUUCAGAGGAUGGGAAUUGGUCUUGUUAUAGCAAUAUUGGCAAUGGUUGCAGCUGGGGUUGUGGAGUCUUUCAGAUUAAACUAUGCAAAAGAAAGUUGCCCCAAUUGUGAAGGCUCAAGUUCCUUGAGCAUCUUUUGGCAAAUUCCACAGUAUGUACUUAUAGGAGCGUCUGAGGUUUUCAUGUAUGUUGGUCAACUAGAAUUCUUUAAUAGCCAGGCUCCUGAUGGAUUAAAGACCUUUGGAAGUGCACUAUGCAUGACAUCAAUAUCUCUAGGAAACUAUGUGAGUAGUUUGCUAGUGAUGAUUGUCAUGAGUUUCUCUGCUAGAGAUAAUAUGCCUGGUUGGAUCCCUGGUAACCUUAACAAAGGUCAUCUAGAACGGUUCUACUUCCUCUUAGCAGCUUUGACAACAGUUGAUCUAAUGGUCUACAUUGUAUGCGCCAGAUGGUAUAAGUACAUCAAGUUUGAAGGAAAGAGUGGAGGUGGAGACAACAAUAGCGGCAAUGAGCUCUCUGAACUUAAAGUAUAA